AUGUCAAGCAGUCCAAAGGCUGAGCCAGCCGCAUCAUCUCUCUCCGCGUCAACUGCUUUCGAGUGCACGGCCGAUCCAUCUCCAGGCUCUUCGACAACGUCGGACUCCUCGUCCAGUCAACUGCUCGCCGACCUACUGGCACAAGUGCCAAACGACGGGGCCAAGACGGCACGUCACCACGCGGCACUGACGGUCCUCGCCCAACUGCUGCUGGUCAACCAGGACAAGUCGGCAAUGCAAGCUGAAGACCAUGCCAAGCUCCUGCGCGACGCCACCUCUGCACCCCAAUGCGUGGACAUUGCCAAAGCUGCAUUGGACGUCUCCAAGCGUCCGAUGGAUUUAGCAGCCUGUGAAUUCGCGAGCUCCGCUUCCUGCCCGUCCUCAGCAACCCCAGCCUCGACCGAGAAGGAUCAAGCGGACGCUGAGAAGCUGGUGUACCCCAUUCCGUCAAAUGAGACGGAGCGCGUGAGUGUCAUUGAGCAGCUGCGUCUCCACGCCAUUGUUGACGUUCCCGAGCUCAACGUGAUCUGUGCACUCGCUGCGGCCGAAUUGGACUGUCCACACAGUGUCGUCACGCUCGUGGAACGUGACGUGGUGCGACUGCUGGCAACGAACGCGCCCGAGACGUGGGACGUUGGGAGCGGCAACCCGCGGGAACAGACGUUUUGCCAGCACUUUGUCAUGGAGGACAAGCCAUUGCUUGUGCGUCACGCUGAAGCUGACGCGCGCUUCCACCAGAUUGCGCCCGUGAAGCGAAUGAGUCUGCAGUUCUACACGGGGUUCCCCAUAUCCGUCACGGUGCGUGGCCGUGAGCACGAAAAAGUCGUGGUCGGUGCGCUGUGCUGCAUGGACGAGACGUCGCAUCAGAUGACGAGGUCGCAGUACUGGCGACUCAUGAAACUCGCCGACGCAGCGUCCGCGAUCCUCGGAAAACACGCGAACGAGCGCAUUGCUGGCUAA